AUGGGUCGUCCCUCACGGGAGCAGAGGAAGAUGUUGGACGACGGGUUCGAUGUGAUCAACGACUCCUUUGCCGCACUUGCGGGGAAAGUUGGGUUCCCGGUGGCGAGAGUCAAGCAAAUGUGGUCUCAGAAGAAUCGCAUGCUCAUGACCAAGCCAAGAGGAGGGAAUGGCGUGAACUACUUUAACUUGUACGGCAAGUUGUCACAAUGA